AAAGUAGGAGACCAAAGUGGUCAGAAACACACGUCGUGUUCAGGCAAAAUCCAUGUGCCCACAUGGAUGAUUGAGAGAGAGAGAGAGAGAGAGAGAGAGAGGUUCUGAGAGUGAUAAUAAUAUAUACAUGUUCUUGUAGACAGACACAGCCACCAUUUUCCAUUACAUUUAUGACCCACACUAGCUUCACCACCUGCAGUAGCAGCAGUACUAGAAGAAGACAGACAGAGAAGACCCACUUAAGAAAAACUGCUCAAAACAUUAACUUGAACCCAAAGUUAAUCUCUUUUCAUCAUUUCAUGGUUCUUCUGAGUCAAAAUCCAUAGUGGGGUUUGGUGAGUUUUGAGUUUGGUGGAAAAAUGAGGAAGAGUGAGAGUGGAGGUGGUGGUGGGUAUGUGAGAGCGGAUCAGAUAGAUCUGAAGAGCUUGGAUGAGCAGCUUCAGAGGCAUCUGAGUAGAGCAUGGACCAUGGAGAAGAACAAGGAGAAGGAAGAUGAUGAGGUUGGAGGAGGUGGUGGAGGAGGAAGGUCUGCAAGGAGCAGGCAAGAAUGGGAGAUUGAUCCUUCUAAGCUCAUCAUCAAGUCUGUCAUUGCUCGUGGCACUUUUGGCACUGUUCACCGUGGGAUUUAUGAUGGCCAAGAUGUUGCAGUUAAGCUCCUUGAUUGGGGGGAAGAGGGCCACCGAUCAGAUGCUGAAAUAGCGUCACUGAGAGCAGCUUUUACACAAGAAGUUGCUGUUUGGCACAAGCUUGACCAUCCUAAUGUAACCAAGUUUCUUGGGGCAACAAUCGGAACAUCAGAUCUACAGAUACAAACGGAAAAUGGUCAUAUAGGCAUGCCGAGUAAUGUUUGUUGUGUAGUUGUUGAAUAUUGUCCUGGGGGUGCACUGAAGUCUUAUCUCAUUAAAAACCGGAGAAGGAAGCUGGCUUUUAAAGUGGUGGUUCAACUGGCUCUUGACCUUGCAAGAGGGUUGAGUUAUCUCCACAUGAAGAAGAUUGUUCACAGAGAUGUUAAAACAGAAAAUAUGCUUCUCGACAAGACACGAAUGUUGAAAAUAGCCGAUUUUGGUGUAGCUCGUAUUGAGGCAUCCAAUCCUCAUGACAUGACUGGGGAAACCGGAACCCUCGGUUACAUGGCUCCUGAGGUGCAUGCUUCAAUUCCAUUAAAAGUACUAAAUGGUAAUCCGUACAAUAGAAAAUGUGAUGUGUACAGUUUUGGCAUAUGCUUAUGGGAGAUAUACUGCUGUGACAUGCCAUAUCCUGACCUUAGCUUCUCAGAAGUAACAUCAGCCGUCGUGCGACAGAAUCUGAGACCAGAGAUUCCGCGUUGUUGUCCAAGCUCUCUGGCAAAUGUGAUGAAAAGAUGCUGGGAUGCAAAUCCUGACAAGAGGCCAGAGAUGGAUGAAGUGGUGCCCAUGUUGGAAGCAAUUGACACUUCAAAGGGUGGAGGAAUGAUCCCUCAUGAUCAGCCUCAGGGUUGUCUUUGUUUCCGCAGGUACCGAGGACCUUGAAAACAUUUUUCACUGUCAAGGAAAUCGAUUAUGGAAGGAUCUUAUACAGUAUUCUGGAAACCUGUUUGUAUUUAAUUUCAUUGGAGGAAUAGGUAAGAACUCAAGAUGGAAUACACAGUAAGUGUGAAAGCCAUAGUCAAUGAAGAGCUCUGAGAUUACUUGUUACUUUGUUGGACUAUAAUUUUUGUAAAGCUAAUUGUGUUCCUCACUCCACCCAUUUCUAUGAUAUUUCUAUGUAAGUUAUCCACUUGAUAGUAGUAGCAUGGAUUGUUCCAACACUAAUAUCAAGGUUCUGAAUCCUGAUGGUUCAUUUGAUGUCUUUUGAUCGUAGUAGUGAUCUGUUUGGGCUAGAUUUGCUGCUGCACAGAAACACAUGACCUAUAAUAUUUGGCAUAAAUACAGAAUUUGGCUUUUAAAGAUGAUA